AAGUUUCAUGCUACUAUCUCUCACCUUGGUUUCCAGCAGGGUAAAAAUGACCCUUCCUUAUUUACCCGGAGAUCUGAUGCUGGUAUUGUUGCUCUCCUCCUGUAUGUCGAUGAUAUGGUGAUUAAUGGUACUGAUCAUGUUGGAAUUCAGCGGCUUAAAGAAGGUCUUCAUGCUUCCUUUCAUCUCAAGGAUCUAGGCGAGUUAUCUUAUUUCCUGGGGCUCGAAGUAUCUCGUGAUUCUCGUGGUUUGCUGCUUAGCCAGCAUAAGUACAUCACUGACUUGCUCGAUGAUCAUCAUUUUGUGGAUUGCAAACCUGUCUCUACCCCCAUGGAACUGAACUUGCGACUAGGCCAGGAUUCUGGUGAUCUCCUUCCCGAUGGCAAGGCUUAUAGAAGUAUUGUCGGCAGUCUUAUCUACCUAUCUGCUACUCACCCAGACAUAUCCUAUGCUGUACAGGUCGUCAGUCAAUUUAUGGCAGCUCCCCGUGCUGAUCACUUACCUGUUGUACAUUAUAUUCUGCGUUAUCUGCAAGGCACCCGCGAUGUUGGCAUUUUGUUUCCCUCUACUGGUGAGAUUCGAUUACGGGCUUUUUCUGAUUCUGACUUCGCUGGAUGCGUUGAUACACGACGAUCCACUUCUGGAUGGUGCGUUCAGUUCGGAAGUUCCUUUAUAUCCUGGCGCUGCAAGAAGCAAGAUAAGGUUUCGAAGUCUUCUACUGAAGCUGAAUAUCGCUCCAUGUCUGAGUGAAUGCUGGGACUGUGCUUCUUCAUCAUAUUCGAACUGAAGACCAGGUUGCUGAUCUCUUUACGAAGUCAUUUUCGACUAGUCGUCAUUGGUACCUGUCAAG